CGUGCGCGCUCCGCGCUGCAGCUAGUCUGCGAGCGUGAGUGGGAGGCGGCGGGCCUGCGACUCUGGCCUUCCCGGCUGACUGCUCCGACGCCGCAUCCCCCGUCAUGAACCGGUUCGGCACCCGGUUGGUGGGAGCCACGGCGACCCCGCCGCCGCCGCCGAAAGCCCGAAGCAAUGAGAACCUCGACAAAAUCGAUAUGUCCCUGGAUGAUAUUAUCAAACUGAAUAGAAAGGAAGGAAAGAAGCAAAAUUUUCCAAGAUUAAAUAGAAGACUCCAGCAAAGUGGUACCCGGCAAUUCAGGAUGAGAGUACGUUGGGGAAUCCAGCAGAAUUCUGGUGAUUUGAGCCCAGUACAUCCAUUCACUUUACCCUUCCCUAGAGGUUUUGGUAAAACUAGUGUGAGCCGUCGAGGAAGAGUGUUGCCUGGAAAGAGACGUCCUUAUGGAGUGAUCACUGGCCUUGCAGCCAGGAAAGCGACUGGAAUUCGAAAAGGAAUUAGUCCUAUGAAUCGUCCACCUCUAAGUGACAAGAAUAUAGAACGGUAUUUUCCAGCAUUAAAAAGGAAGACAAGCCUUCUGAGACAAAAUGAAGUACAAAGGAAACCAGUUGCAGUUCUCAAGAGACCUAACCAGUUAAACAGAAAAAAUAACAUUCCAGCUAAUUUUACCAGGAGUGGAAAUAAAUUAAGUCAUCAGAAAGACACUCGUCAGGCAACUUUUCUUUACAGAAGAGGCCUGAAGGUUCAGGCCCAGUUAAACACAGAACAGCUGCUGGAAGAUGUGGUAGCAAAGAGAACUCGUCAAUGGCGUACUUCCACCACGAAUGGAGGAAUUUUGACUGUAUCCAUUGACAAUCCUGGAGCUGUCCAGUGUCCGGUAACUCAGAAACCACGAUUAACUCGUACUGCUGUACCCUCAUUCUUGACAAAAAGAGAGCAGUCUGAUGUUAAGAAAGUUCCUAAAGGCGUCCCUCUGCAGUUUGACAUAAAUAGUGUGGGAAAACAGACAGGGAUGACUUUGAAUGAACGAUUUGGGAUACUGAAAGAGCAGAGAGCCACUCUCACAUUCAACAAAGGAGGAAGCCGCUUUGUGACUGUGGGAUAGAUCCACAUAAAAAGAACUUUUCAGUGUUGACUGUUUGAAAAGUUGAAUUGCUUGAAGAGUUCAUCAGAGGAGUUCAAGAAACUUUACUUCAGAAUAUUCACGAACCUAAAUAACUUUAUUUUUGAAGGUUUUUUUUUUUUUUUUUUUUUUUUUUAAUGUAUAAAUAAUGCCCUGAAAAAAUAGCAGGGAAUAUACCUAUCUGUUCUUAAAGAUUUCAUGGUUGGCCCAAACAAAGCAAUUCAUUGUUGACUUCUUUGAUUCCUCGUGAAGCAGAAGGAAGACAGAAAAAUAGAAAUUGAUUAUUUUUAUGAGCGUGAUAUUUAGAUCCCAUCACUCUUUUGUCCAGUUUUUAGACUUUGCCAUGGUAAAUAUUAAACUGCAGAAAUAAGAGUACACCUCUGUGUUGCUGUCACUUAUCCAUUAAUGUGCUGGUAUAAUAAGUACAGUUGCCUUUUUGUCAUUAGUGAUAUUUUUUUAACUCUAGGAGAAUUUCAGUUCUGGCUCUUAAGAUUUAUGGAAAUAUUUAGAACUUGGUUCAUUUUUCAGUUACUGUAGAAUAAACCCCCUGAGUUCUAAGCAUUUAGUAUUGAACUAAGAAGUGUGGCUCUCAGCAUUAGUCUCGGAGCAAGUGUGCCAGGGCUAUAAAUGCUUUUUUACAAAGUGUCACACAGGGUCUUGGAGGAGAUGCCCAAUGUAAAACCCUGAUAGUUUGUGUUUUAUAUAACAGAGAACAGUAGCAAAUUGUAGGAUUGGAAAUGGAAAAGUAAAACCAAAACAACAAACCUGGGUCACAGUUAUACUUUCUGGAUUAGUCCUGUCUUGAGUCUAAUGUCCAUAGAGUCUUCUCCAAAUGAUGCUUACAAGAAUACACUUACUAGACAUGAAGUCGUAUGCUUUGUAUAUAAAAGGUUUUUUUUUAAGCUUUUCAGCUUGAUAAGUUUCAAUAAUUUACAACUCCCCAAACAAAAAAAAUUACUUGUCUAUGUCACAAAGAAAAAAAAAGGGAAAUUAUAAUAAAUUUGUACUUAAUUGUAUAUAUUCACUGUUUGUAUCUCUCCAAGUUCAGGCAUAGGGAGAAAGGGUUUUUCUUUUACUCUGGAGGUCUGCUGUGCCAAGAUAGUGCUGAGAGCCCCCACCUAAUUCUAUACCAUAAAUUACAGUAAAAUGCCGAAAUACGGUGACAUAUUCCAGCUACGGGUUAUCAUGUGGUCAUUUUGAAGCUUCAACUUUUGUUUUGCUAUGAUUUCAGAUCUCUUGAGUGGGUGUUUAAAUAUUUCUGCUGUUGAUUUCUCCUGUAAAAGGAAGCAAAGCACCAUGCUUCCUGCCCGCCUUCAUUGUAUCUGAGACUUCACUGUCUGAUGUGCUUUUGAGUUUCUUACUGGCUUAUGCUAGUCGUGGGAAAAUCAGCAACAAUUCAUGCUUAUACCAAAGAUCUAAAUCUACCCUCAAUAUCUGUUAUUUGCCAGUACUUCUACUUAAUAAGGGACUUUUGGAAGCCAAUCACAGAAUUUGAAAAUAACUCUAGUUUCUCAUUAGCUGUGAUGCUUUUCAUGAGGCCAAGGACUCAUUAUAAAACAUUGUUGCCAAUAUGAAUACUUAUAUUUGGUUCAGGAACAAAACAUUUUAGAGUGGUUUGCUGGGAAAGGAAAAACAACUGAGCAUGAACACUAUCUUUGGAACAAUUUUUAAAAAUAUGGUAUAAAAGUCUUUGUUUCUUGUUGUUUUAAAUAUUAUUAUACAGAGGUAUUAGUAAUUCCAUUUUCGGAAAAUCCUAAAAAUUGCCCAAAUGUUGAUUCUAAGUACAUUGAAAAACAGUGUCUUUGGUAUAAUAAAUGUUUGCUCUUCA